AUGUCAGAUCAUUCACAGCUAGAUCUUGUUAGAAUAGGGUACUAUGAUCCCUUUGGUGUAUACCCUCAUAUACAAAAAGAGAUUUCAAAACGACUACCGUUGUCAAAUCUUCAUAUUCGACUCAAACCAAAUCAAUCGGUAAAGACUAUUUCCAAACUAGACGUUGAGUUUGUUGAAGAGGUGCCCAAGAAAGGCGACUAUGUAACUCACGAUAUCAAGACAUAUGUACGUCUUAUAUUUGUGCAAGUUGAUAGUUUGGACAAGUACCGGGGCCAAGUACGGCCACUUGUAAGAGAAUGGUUGAAAAACUUGGUAUUAAAGACAAAUUGUUCAUGGAUGAUUGUGUUGCAUGUUCCACUCGAUGCCAAAGACCGACUGUCAUCCAUUAUAAAGACGUCUUUUUUUGACAAGUUACAAAAUGAUUUCGGACCGGAGGGGAAGGAGUUAAAGACUAUUUUACCCAUGGGCGAUACCAUCAAAAAUUUUGGCGAUCGAGUAUUCAAGUUGAAACAAGUUCCCGAGGAGGAUAUCUAUGCAGCAUUUAUAACCCAGUUGAAAACUCUUCUUCUGAAUUCGUUUGUUGAUCGAUAUCAUACAUUCAAUGACCUAAUUCGGCAACGGAAACAUGUUAGUAUUGAGGAAUUUGCUGCCAAGUUGGAAUUGUACAAUUUGUUAAAAGAUAUGAAGCUAUUGCAAGAUGCAUUGAAUGUUAAUGAAGAUUUGUCGGUUGAUUUGGAUAACCUCGUAGCGCAUCAUGGGGAACUUUUCAAUCACGAGUUGCAAUUGACUCAAUCAUUGACUGAUUUCAAUUUUGAUGAAUUUGUCAAUGAAGAACAACUUAAACAACAAUUGAUCAAUUUGGAACCGAUAAAUUUAAUCCAGUUGAAGAGUUUGGUUUUCGUUAAUGAAUCAUUCAUUCUUCAGGAAUUGGCGCGUACUGCAGUAUCAAAUUCGAUUGCUUCAAAGCACAUUUCGCGAUUGUAUCAACGUCUAAUGUUGUUUCUUAAUGAUUCGCAUUUCAAUAAUAAUAAUGAAUUGGUUUACUUACUCAUUGACUCGUUUUUGCAAAUCCCCAUUGUGCAACAAUUGGUUGAUCUGGUGCACGUGUCGGAUGUUGAUGAUGGGAAUGAGGUAUCGUUGCUUGAUAUCUUGGAAAUGCGGGCUGAAUUGAAAUUGUUCAAACGAACUGUGAUUAGCAAGAUUGCUAAGCAGAACCAUAUUGAGGUUGACGGACUACGUGGUGGUGGUGCUGUUGUCGGUGGCGAUGCAUUUGAAGAAAUUGCACUAGAUAACGAGCCUAGCGCUAGUCCAAUAACCUUGCAAAACCCUGAUUUGAUUAAAAUUGUUUCAGAUAAGAAUUCAUACGUUGAUUACUACUUCAACUUGACAGAAGAUAUAAUUGGUGAUUUUGUCAAAUGCAAUAGGGUCAAAUCAAUCGAUAUCCUUUCAUUAGAUUUAGCAAUUCUUAACUAUAACCAAGGCAAUUACCAAGAAUGCUUAGAUACGUUGCAAAAUUCCUAUGAUUACUUUAUUAUGAAUAGUUGGAAUUUUCUUGGAGGUAUAUUGCUUGAGAUAUAUCUUGGUUGCGUUGAGAAAUUGGGACAUGAUGGUGGUGAUGGCGACCGCGAUUUGGAUGAACAGGAGGAAGUUUUGAAAACUUGCUUGAAUUUGCUUUCUUGUUUGGUUAAAAGCACUGAUUCGGUAGGCAUCAAUUCGUAUAAAUUGGUUCGUGAUUCGAACCAUGUGGCUAAAAUCUUCACCAAAAUUAAUGAGAAUAGCCAUAAUUUGACUAAACCGUUGGAAUAUCCUUUGCUCGAUUUUUUCAAAGUUCAGGUGAAACCAUAUGUCAAUCAAGAUGAUUCAACGACUGAUGAUGUUUACUAUUUGGAAGUUGAAAUUUUCAAUUCAUUUAAUGUGCCAGUGAAAUUUGCUUCCAUUGAACUUAUAUUGAUUGAUGAAGAGAAGUCGCAGUUAUCAUUCCGAACUGAUGAUGUUGAAUUGUUGGAAUCGUCUGGUGGACAGACAUUCAAACUUUAUACUCGCGAUAUCAAGUUUGGGUUGUUCUCAAGUCAUCGAUUGGUUAUUUUAUUCAAUGAAAAGCUUUCCUUUUGCCAUAAGUACUGUCCCCUUAAUGGUGGUGAUGGUGGUGAUGACAUUGAGGUUGCCCCCGAUACUUCAAUUUUCAAUGAUACCGUUGUUGAAAUUAAGAACUCACUAAUCAAGCCAAACCCAACUUUGUCUACUGAUAUAGUAACAUUUCAAAGUGUCAAUAAAUUCCAAGCCCAAUUCUUUUCAUCUCGAGUUAUUGAAUUGGGCACCACUGAAGUAUCAUUGGUUUUGACAAAUGGAUCAAAUGAUAUAUCCAAUGUCCAAAUACUCCUCAGUUCGAGUACGGAGGGUGUUAGGCUUUCGCAACCGGAAGUUACUAUCGAAUCACUCAAAGCCAGUGAUGGACAAACCUUGCAAGUCCCUUACAUCUGUUUUAAUGAUCAAAAAUCGGUCAAUAUGAGGGCUCAUAUACGCUAUUUCGCUGGUGUAACACAGUACAGUGCCCAAAUCUCAUACAAUGUUGAUACAAGAUUGAGUAUCUCCGUAUCGGUGCAGGACGUUUUCAAAACCAAUUUUUUUUAUUCGAAAUUUCAAGUGGGUACAGUUGAUGCCCGAUCGCCAAUUCGAUUAGUACUGAAUAACUUGCAGAGUGACGAUUAUGAAGUAAAUCUGCCUGGUAACCAGUUCCACCAUUUAAUUGCAUUUGGCGAACAACCAAUUUCGUUUUUUUACAAGAUAAGUCCCAAGCAGGGACAUUCAAUAGAUGAAGAAGAUAAAUUGGAUUUAUCGCUUCGUUAUACUAAUUUGCUGGAUGAAUGCGAACAACGAUUGGAUGCCAUAGUUGCUACCGCUUUGAAGGAAGUUAAGUUGAUAAAGUAUUGGUAUUUGAUCAAAGAGACGAUUUUGUCCAAGGUACAAUUUGAUUUGAACAUGUAUGGCGUAGAACAAGUGGUGAAGGUUGUAAACAAUCAACAGAUAAAAGCUUUGGCUGAUCGAAUUAUUGGUCGAUAUAUUGAACAUAAGCACGAUCAACUUGAAUUGCACAAAAUAAUAGCCAAUCUCAAUAAUGAAAAUCAUCUGACAGAGGAGCUUGAAAAUGGGAACAAGAUUCAACACCAAUUGAAAAUCAAAGUGGCAGUCCCAUUACUAAAGUAUUUGCAUGUGGUUGAGUAUGUAUACGACCGCAAGACCCACACUGUUGGAGAACCAAUACCAAUCACACUUCAUAUUAGAACAGUAACCAACUGGUCUGAUAAUAGUAAGAAAGAGGUCUUGGCAGUAUCGUCACCAUCAAAAUCGACUAAUGAUGGUGAUGGUAGUGACGAUACGAGUGGUGCCCAUGAUGGUGGUGAAAUUUUCCAAGCCAUGGUUCAACCUGAUGAUAAUUGGGUAAUUUCAGGAUUCAAAAAACAAACAUUUAGUUUGGGUUCCAGUUUUGAAACUCCAUUGGUUCUAAUUCCUUUACACGUGGGUAAAUUGCCACUACCUAAAAUCGUCAUCAAUUCAACUGAAGGAACGGGAACAACAACUACUGCGACAACAACAACAGCAGCCAUGAAUAAUUCCGAUAUUGAGUUUGUUAAUGGAUCUGAAACGAUAAUGAGCGUUCCUGAUGUCCGACAUAUCCAAUUUUCAUUCUAA